UUUCUCCUGAACCUCCACGUUGAAACUACUCGUUUUCAUUUCGACUUACUUAUCCUACACAGUGGCAAAGUGUCGGAAUUCAAUUGCCAUCGACUUACGUAUAGGCUUGUGUGUUCCGUGCAAGAUGGAUAACGUUCCAUUAAGUCUGUUGGCAGCUUUGCUGUUGUCAAUUGCAGUUUCCUCUAGUGCCCAGCAGCAGAGUUUCUUAGCAGGAAACAGUACCCUAUCGUCGUUGGCACCCAAAAUUACCAGCAAGACUUCAUUGUCUCCGGAAGUAUUUCAACAUAAGAAGAUAACGGACAGAUCCCACGAAAGCAACGACAUCGACGAGGAACCGAACACUUUCAAUCGACUGAGAAAGAAAAUGAAAAAGUGGUUGAAAAAACAAGAGAAAAAGGAAGUGCAAAAUUUGGUAGUUAUACCCCGCGAUCCUACACCCAUGAUCGAUCAGUCAUUCCCCACAUCAGGAUCGAUCCCGGAAGACGGAUGCGACUCCACUUCCGUGCGGUUCGACGACGGAAACUGCUAUCCACUGAUGGGAAGGAAACCUUGCGGCGACCCUACACUCUACGUCACUGUCGAUCCUUAUACAUUCAAGGGGCGAUGCACUAAGCGCCGUUGCGGAAGAGAAAGGGUCUUUGUCCCUCGCACGGGACUUUGUCACGACAUUUACGACGAAUCCGAAUGCACGGGAGGCCGGCGACUUUACUAUUCCCCAUAUGGAGAUGCUGUAUGCGAUUGUCCCAUCGGAGAGUAUCCAUUCCCUUACCCUCGGAGUGAUUGUGUUGCGCUUUUACCCAAGGACCCUGUCCCUAUGGACAAGUGGUAGCCAUCAAUUCCGAUGAAUCCUUGAGUUGCAUGAAAUCCAAAUGCCCUGCAAUCUACGAGAGUGACGAAUAUUCUUCCGAUUAUUGGAAGCAGAAGCAGAAGCAGCUGGUGCCGACCAGCGACGGGAGGUGUCAUGAACUCGGAACUACUGGCCGUUGUUCGAAUUAUGACUACACAUAUUCGUUGUUGGGUCUCAACAUUCUGAAGAACGAAUUGGAAUGCGUCGACGUCACCGAUCCUUCGUCGCCCUAUUUCUUUUCCCAAGAAGAAAACGAUAUCCUUGACAGCAUUUUCGACGAGUUUUAUACAGAGUACAACCUCUUCCCCGUCUAUGUAGCCUACCUCAGUGUCAAACAGGAACAUGAAGCCAAGUACGGUAAGAAGAAGGGCCCGAAAGAAACGUAUGAGAGAAGACAAUCCUCUCCGGGAAUUGUGGCACCUUCCAACCCGAGUUGUCGGCCUGGGAGUGGACAAGGAAAAUGCGGCUCUAUAUUAGUACCCCAAAACCAGAAACGUCCAAAUAGAGGACCAGCACCGGCAAGAUUCUGAAAUUUUCAACUGGUUCAACUCUCGUACGUUGGUGGUGAGUGCCCUACUCGUGCUCAUUAACUUGCCAAAUUAUUGGACGCCACAGGAUGGAACUGUCCAAAUAUUUGCUAAAUCAAUUUGUUUUUCUUGUUCUGUUAGUAACUCCACUAAUAAAUUAUAAAAUUUAAAAAACGCUUAUAA